AUGGCAAGCUGUAAAAGCUUUUCUGUUCUUAUUUUAACCGUUUCUGCUGGAUUUUUGGCAAUAUUGUGGAGAGACACUUUUGAUUUUGAGUUAUUGUUUGGUUCCCGUGUCCUACUGACUGGUGCAAGUAAAGGAAUAGGGGAACAGAUGGCAUAUCAUUAUGCCAGGUUUGGUGCUGAACUUGUAAUAACUGCACGGAAUGAAACUCGACUAAGACAAGUUGAGGAGAAAUGUUUGCAACUGGGUGCAAAGAAAGUCUAUUCCUAUCCUGCGGAUAUGUCAUUUCCAACGAGUCCACAGCAGGUGGUGCAGUUUGCCUUGGAGAAGCUGGGUUCUUUGGAUUACUUAGUCUUGAAUCACAUCGGAAAUGAUCGUUUCCAAAUGUGGAACGGAAAUGCUGAGGACGUCGGUUGGCUGAUGCAAGUGAAUUUCCUGAGUUAUGUCCAGCUGACAGCUGCUGCCCUCCCCACUUUAAUCAAAAACAAUGGGUCCAUCGUGGUCGUCUCCUCUCUUUGUGGAAAACUGGCAAUCCCCUUUGCAACAUCAUAUUCAGCUUCUAAAUUUGCUCUGGAUGGUUUCUUCACUGCCCUGCGUCAUGAGCUCGUGAUGCAGGGGAAGAACGUGUCAGUCACGCUGUGCAUCCUUGCAAUGGUUGACACCGAUUCAGCCAUGGAGAAAGUCAAAUCCGUGAACAUUAGAAUGGCGACGUUUUCUCCAGCCUCUGAAUCUGCGCUGGCUAUUAUCAAAGGAGGAGCUGCCAGGGCUCAGGAAAUCUAUUACCCAUGGUGGACCACUCUGACUGUCAGCAUCCGAGACUGGUUUCCCGAAAUGAGGGACAAGCUAAUCCGCAGUUCCUUCCAAGAAAAAAGCAAAGAAGACGGAAGCUAACCUGGUGCUAUCACCGUGAGGGUUCAGUGAGGAUUAGACAUGAUGUGGAGGUGCCGGUAUUGGAUUGGGGUGUACAAAGUUAAAAAUCACACAACAUCAGGUUAUAGUC